AUGAAAUAAAAAAAUAAUCUAAUCCCUGGAUUUGAGGCAAAUUUGUUAUCUGAAUAGAGUGAAUUGAAUUUGUUAAGUGCAAAAGUAAACAGUAGCAAAUCAAUUUUUCCAAGAACAUCCCCAUUUUAAGCUGAUUAUUAUCUUUAACCUACAAAUGAGAAGAAGCAGUUCAAUUAUGAAAGGAAAAAUGAUUAUGUUAGGAAAUUUGCAAAUAAUAUGAUGGAUUAAAUACAGAAAGUGAAAAAAAUAAAAAAUUUUCAUUUGUCUCUAAUAGGAGAUUAUGGGUCUUCGGAUGAAUUUAUUUUAAAAAGAAAGUCAUCCACAUUUUCUCCACUAAAUUAAUAACAUUUAAGAUUUUUUAUAAGUCUCUAAUAAAUAUUAAAGAAUAAGCUAGAAAAGUUACCAUUAAUACAUCCUGGUUAAUACAUGAAAGUGAUAUGGGAUAUUGUAGCUGUUGUUGCAAGAUUAUAUUUUUUGUAUAUAAUCCCUAUAGAUUUAGCUUGGAUUCAUUAAUAAUUUAUAUUCCAUGAUUUUAAAUACAUCUCAAUACUAUUUCUGCUUAUUUUAAUUUUUGAUUUGUUAAUAAGUUUAAAUACUGUGUAUUUCUAAAACGGAGAGGCUGUAACAUCAAGAGUCAAAAUAGUGAAACACAGUUUAUUUAAUACUUAUGGAUUAUAGUGGUUAUCAGUGCUUUAAUUAUUAAUUUAUUUUAUAAUUGACAGAUUUAUCCAUAUAUCACUAGAUAUUGAAAAUAAUUUAAUAAAUAUAGGUUUGCUGAUAUUUUUAGUUCAUCACAAAACAAUAAUAAAUUAUGCAACAAAUUAUGAAGAUGGAUUGAAUAUCUCUAAAAAGGCAUCAUCUAUAUUUGCUUUAUUUAAAUUGAUAGCUUUUUUAUUUUAUGUGAUUCAUUUAUUUUCUUGCUUUUGGUUUUGGGUAAACGAUAUUAAAUAAUUUAGGUUGGGAAAUAUAGUAUUGAUAAUUAUGAUGGACAGAGUUGGAUUAUGUCAACUAAUAUGUUUGAAUAACAUUGGAACACAUAAUAUCUAUAAUCAUUUUAUUAUACAGCAGUAACAAUCUUUACAGUUGGAUAUGGAGAUGUGACUCCAUAAUCUAAUAUUGAGAAGAUAGUGACAAUUAUUCUAAUAAUGAUUUCAAGCAUUUAAUUACCUUUUAGUGUAAAUACAGUUGGAAAUAUAAUCACUGAAAUGUCAGCCUUUUCAGAGGAAAGAAAAAGAAAGCUAAGAAUCAUCAAUUCUUAUAUGAAUAAGAGUUCAAUGUCUACAGGUUUAUAAAUGUAGAUCAGAUAGUAUCUCACAUAUUAUUGGGAAAAUAUAGUCAUAUCAUAAUCUGAAGAAGAGAAAGAGAUAAUCGAUAGUUUAUCUGAGUUUUUGAGACAAUAAUUAAUUAGUGAAGCUCAUUAGAAAAUAUUUGAUUAGUGCACAUUAUUUAAGAUACCUUUUAGUGAAUAGUUUAAACGAUAACUAAUUAAGGAAGUUGAAGAAGUACUUCUAACUCCAGAAUAAGAUUUGAAAUCACCAAAUGAUAUCUUAUUGUAUUAUAUAGAGGAUGGUCAAAUAUAAAUUUGUUUGUAAUAAGGUAGAAAAAUUAAUUUAGGAAUUGUUAAUAAAGGAGCAUCAAUUGGAAUUAAAAAUUUUAUUAUGGGCAUUGAACCUUUAGAAACUUAUAAAAGUCUUGGAUUUACUAAGGCUAUGAUUUUAAAAAGAAAGAAUUUUCUUAAAAUUUUACAAGAGCAUCCAGAUGAUUAAGAAUUAUUUUUUUCUAUUAGAGAUAAAAUGAUAUUUUACAAAGAUUAUUAAUAUUUUACUGUAUCUUGUUUUUCAUGUGGAAAGGAUUCUCACAAAUUAAUUGAAUGCCCAUUAAUUAUUUAUGUUCCAAAUAAGGAAUUUAUCAUUAAAAAAUACCUAUAUCCCUAAACAUAAUCUAGAAAACCAUAUGUAAGAACUUAAAAAAAACUAAAAGCAUUAAUUUCAGAUAAAAAAAAACUUGAAUAAUCAGCUUUAUUAAUAUAAAAAGACGAUCCACUUUUAUUAUAAUUAUACAAAUUUGAUCAUAUACAUAAUAUUGAUGAAGAACAUUAACAAAGGCAAAAUAUAAGAUCAACAACUUCCUUUUAACAUAUUAAUAAUAAUAUUACCUAAAUCAAAAGAGAUAGAUAUUUUUCACUCUAAGAUCAAAAUUAAAGAUUGAUUUAAAAAAAAUUUUAGCGUCUUGUUAAUAAAGUAAUAUCAAUAAAUAAAGUUUAUCCUCAUUUUUUAAUUUAAACAUAUGUUCAAUAUGAGAAAUUGAUUGAACAAAGAUAAAGUAACUUGACCUUAAAAAUUUUGGAAUAAAGAUGCAAAAAUAUAUGUUAAUUUGAUAGCAAACAGUUUAAAAAAUAUUUUAGCGAUAUGUUGCUGAUUAUAUAAAAACUAUCAAAUAAAUAAUAUAUUGAUGACUUAGAUUUUGAAAGUCCUAAAUCAUAUAAGUUUUAUUUUAGAAAAGAUAACUUUUCAGUAGUCAAAGAGAAAAGUUUUCUUCAAAAUUUAAAUAUAUUAAAAAAAUUUAUUUAAUAUGUUUAAUACCCAGGGGAUUUAAUAAAAUAGUUUAACCUAACUUAGAUUGGAUAUUUCCUUUUAAUGAAUAAAAGAAAACCAGUAAUAUGUUUUUCAGCAGACUAUGUUAAAAAAUGA